GCUGCUGAUGACAUCAUGAGCACCUCCUUCUCUCCACCAAUUGCUGACCAGUGUUCUUCUUACCUCAGUAUCAGUGUGUCGCCCUCUGCUGGACACUGUGAGGCCCGCACUCUUCCUCAGCCCUUUCUCUUCUGUUCAUCCAACAUGGACACCACUAGCCUCAGCCUUUACAGAGGCCCCACCCCCACGUUUCUGCCUUACCUGACACCCUUCCAUCACCACACGCACUUCAGCGUCUACGAGUGUCCCUUUGAGCCGGCAUUCAUCCAGAAACGGAACGAGCGCGAGCGUCAGAGGGUGAAGUGUGUGAAUCAAGGUUAUGCCAAACUGCGGGACCACCUGCCGGGUCACCUGCCGGGUCACCUUCCGGGUCACGGUGCCGACAAACGCCUCAGCAAGGUGGAGACGCUGCGCGCCGCCAUCAGCUACAUCAAGUACCUGCAGCAGCUGGUGGACCUGGAGGAUGAGAGCAGAACCCCCGAGUCCAACAGAACCACAGUCUGAGGGAGUCAUGUGUUAGAACCACUGACUGUCACUAGGGGGCGCUCACAGACAAACCUUCAACUUCAUUUUCAGAAACAGAUGAAAUCUGAUGACGUGACAGUACUUCCUUCCUGCAGGUGGUGCUGUUUGUCCACAGGUCUGACCAAGACUGAAGACCUCGAUCUUCAUCAAAACUGUUUCUAAUCAGGUUUUUUGCAUCUCAUUAAUAAAAAUCUGUUUUCUCCUCCAGUGUCACCUGGAAACUGAUAAUCAAUCAUUAAAGUUAUUGAUCAGAA